AUGCCGCUCCUUGGCCCUGCAGCUCGGCUCAGAAGGACAGCGCUGCUGCUGCUGCUGGCGUGCGGAUGUCGCGUGGGCCACGCCAUGGACUGGGUGGAGGGAACUCCGUUCGCGAGCACCAACCUCGUCUCCGUGGCGCAUUCGGGUCCGCAACAGCUGACUACCACCUUGCCCUGGUCACAGCCCUGGCAGGAGCAACAUCAGCAGCAGCAGUUGCAGCAACAGCAACAACAGCAGCAACAGCAACACAUGGUUCUCCACCAACAGGCGCAGGGGUCUGGUGGUCGAGGAUCAUCAUCUUUGGGCCCCUGGACGGUGCAAGCCAACGGAGGUGAGACAGUGAGCUUGCAGAGCAUUGGACCGGGCUCCUGGCAGCCGUCGGCGACACCCUGGCAUACCAACAGCGUCGCCAUGUAUAACUGGCAGCAGCAGCAGCAUAAUCAACAGCAGCAGCAGCAGCAGUCUCAACAACAACAACAGCAUCAGCAGCAGCAACAGGGUUCCCCUAUCGAAAGUUCGCUCCAGUCUUGGAAUGGACACGGUUUUGGCUCCUGGCAGCAAAACCAGCAUCAGCAGAAUCAUGUCCAACAACACCACCAGCAAGUGCAACAACAACAAUCCAUCCCUUGGCAGAGCCUAAACUCCGGCAAUGCGCCCUGGCAGCAGCAGCAGCAACAGCAGUCCCAGGCACCACAGCAGCAGCAGAUGCAGGCCGCCGAAGCGCCCAUGCCCCGGACACAGGUGAAGCUCAUCUACGUGCCCAUCCCGAUUGUGAAAUCUGUGAGCGCGGCCCAGCACUCCCAGAACUCCCCGCAGUCCUCUCAAUGGGCACAUCCCGGUGGGGUUCAACUGGUGUCCUGGCCAUCCCAGCAACAGCAACAGCAGCAGCAGCAGCAGCAGGCGGUCCCCUGGCAGUCCGGCAUCAGAGCCAGGGCCUACUCCCUAGCUACCAAGAGUAUGGGCAGUGCUGGCGCUGUCAUCCCCAUUGUCAUCUCCCUCCAGACCACCUCUCCGAGCAGGACUUCGGCGUCCUCGACCAAGGCGGUCUACUCACCUAGGGUGGCCACGGCAAGGAUGUCCAAUGGCAGCAGCGGGUCUUGGUGGUGAUGACUUCUCCGGCAUCAUGAUAUUCAUUUGUGCUCGUGAGAAAGCUUGUUUGAAGACCGAACGUGCGCUCUUGUUUGUUAAUGAGAAAGUGCCUUAGUGCUUUAGGUACUUUUUUGCUGCCUAGUUAAUGUGGCUAGCCAUAUAAUCUAGAGGCAGGUUUGUUUUUAAUUAGAACAUCUGAACAAAGACGUCGAUUUAUCGGCCUUGAGACAAGCACAUCUGCAUAGUUACAAACCCGUUGUUUUGUUUUAUCAUGAUCGUAAAAAGAAACUGCACUGCUCUUUCACAAGGUCGAUAAGCAUCGUACCGGCGUGUGAUCGUGUACACCAGUGGUUCUCAAAGGGAGUUCCGCGGCCCCUUUGGGAUCCGUGAAGGCACUUAAAGGGUCCUCAAAGCCCUGCAUCAUCAGUCAAGCCUAGCAAUAAAAGUUGCCUUUUUUCAGAUUGAGAACAAACGUUCCGAGUUUCGGGCUGGGUAUCUCCCGUGUAUGUCAAUAAGAGAAGUCUAUUUCACACUAGCCCUUAGUUAUAUUCAAAUAUUAAAUCAUUAUGAUAAUUAACCUAUACAUUUUCCUUCUCCCCGUCACGAACCGCGUCCUCCAUCAACUGCGCCGAUCCACAAGGGGUCCGCGAAACAUCAAUGGUUGAGAACCACUGGUGUGCACGAUCGCACACCGUUACGAUUGCGCAACAAUGAUCACGUGCUAAGCUGACAUUAAGACGCCAACCUAGCAGUCGUACCGCACUGGCCAUAUUGCCCAUCCAGAGGGGUAUGCCAGACGUCAUUUUAAGCAGACGUCUUCAUGUCUAAGCAUCCACAACAAAAUUGGCUACGACUUUUUUUUUUUUAUUUGUUUUUGAGGACGUUGCGGUAACGACCUUCUUAUAAGUACCUCGGGGCAUGUUCGGAGCUCUAGGAAUGCCGCCACGCAUGAGUUCACUAGGUUGCCGCUCUCUCAGCCAGUCUCCAAGGCGGUCCUUUUUUAUUCGCUUGCUCGUCCCAUUUGCUACUAUCGUGCUUGCGUCUUUUAAUGUUAUGGCGACUUUUACGAUUAAAGUUUGUAGCAGGUUCCCGGAGAGACAUCGUGGUUAUGUGCGCGGUAAAUUUGUCUACAUUAGUGACAUGUCACGGGUGAUUUAAUUUCAAGUCGUGCAGGAAAAGAGAAACAUGUAUCGAAAGAUUUUGAAAAAAAAAAUGUAUUUAUAGAUAUAUAUAUGCUGGGCAAAUUCUUCGGUAGGACGAAACUGAAAACGUACGUUGCCUUCUAUUUUUUAAUUUACGAUAAGGAAAGAGGGACAUUGAAGACAAACAGACAAGACAGGCC